AUGACUGAAACGCUAGAUGAUGAAAUUGAUAACGAUGAAUUAACACAUACUAAAACGAUCUUUCGUCGGCAUUCCAAAGGUUCAGUGAUGUUCAGCGGUUGUUCUCCCUCAGGUGACGUCAUUAUCAUCGAUAACAUCAGUUCAACGAAAUCUUUUGACUUAACUGGAUGGCACAUCGAACGACAGACGGAUUCUCAACCGUUUCUUCGCUAUACAUUUCCUAAUCAAUUUGUUAUUCCACCCUGGUCAACCGUUGAAUUGUGGUCAAAUUCAGCAGCAUCGAGGACAAUGUCUGAUGAGAUCGAAUAUCAUCAAUCAUUGGAAUCAACUGAUCAGGAGCAACAGCAAUCUUUCAUUCGAAUUAAAACAAAAUUAUUAACAUGGAACACCGCAUUACAAUGGAGUGUUAAUCGACUUUUAGAUUCGAACGGACAUGAAAGAGCUAUUUUUACACAUAGAACAUUGACGUCACUAGAGCAAGAACAAACUGAUGACUAA